UGUAGCUAUGGGUCUAUGCAAAUUAUAUCUUCCCUAGAACAAUAUAAUUUGAGGGCCCAAACCUUUCUUUUCUUUAUAUCCCUAAAGCCCAACAUAGUAGAGUAAAAUAAACAUUUGUUGAGUUUAAGUUGUGAAUGUCUACAGGGUGAGGCAGGAAGAUCCAGGUGGGUGGAGAGCAGGAAAAAAACAGGCAUGAAGGUACUUGUAAGGGAACAGAAAGCAGGAGGCAAAAUAUCUGGAUUACAACUCCUUCACACACCUGGAUGGCUGCCCUAGACCUGGCUGAAAGGUCAGUCUUUAAGUCUCCCUUAACCAAACUUCUAUCCUCUAGGACCCCCAACAUCUUUGGCUUGUCUCAGGAAUAAAGCCCUUUGCUUCUUCCACUAGCCACUUGCAAACCAGCCUGUUCCCUAGGGAAGAAAGCUGAAGUCUUGCCUUGCCGGUACAACAGGUCUCUAGUGGGGAGUGGCCUGAGCCAGGCUAGAUUGUCUCCUUCUUCCCAGGCCACUCAUCUCCGGCACCCUUCACGGCUCACACCAGACCCGCUUACCAGUCAGGUACACCCAGGCCAGCAGCAGCGGAAAGGCUGUCCAGACUACCCUUUCCAUUCUCACCCCCAGGGCCCAGCAGCUGCCUUGGGGAAAGGCCCGGCUCAGGACUUCAGGUGGCAGCUUCUGGCGUGGUGUGCAUGGCAAGAGAAAACGGACCGGUCGGGUUUUCGCACUUGGGAUCCUAGCGGGACGCUGAGAUCAGGACUUCUGACCUGCCAUCUUCUAGCCCUUGAGGGGCUCAUCUUAGCUUCCUGAGCAGCGCAGGAACUCUUCCAGAGUCCCUCAGUGCCUAGUCCCUUCCUGAUCCCACUGCUUUCAGGCCAAAGAUCAGCCUCGAUUGCUCUCGCCUCCAGUAUCACCGCCAUGGCGGGGCCACUGGAGCCUCUGAGCGGGAGACUGCGGCUCUCUUUUACUCCUGGUCCACGAACUAGUCUCCUACUACUCCGACUCAACGAUUCAGCUUUGCGUGCGCUACAGGACUGCCAGCGGAUACAGGCCCAACCUGUGAUCACCUUCCGGGGCAACAGAGGGUACCUGCGACUUCCCGGCCCUGGCUGUUCCUGCCUCUUCUCUUUCAUAGUGUCCCAAUGUGGAGCAGAUGGGCCAAGAGGUGGACUGGACCUCGUGCGCCACCGCUUGGGCAGAUCUGGACCAGGCCUGCUUCGAAGCCUUGGUCCUCUUCGAGAGCGAAUUACUAUCUGCUCUGCUGUAGAUUCUGUACCAGUAUCAUCUUCACUUCAGGAAAAUCAGCAGGGUCAAAGUGCAAGGGAAACAGGGAACCAGCAAGGCAAUGGAUUGCAUGUGGGACAUCAACCACAGCUGUUCGUAGAAGAGGUGCUGGAUCCCCUGGAGAAUAGUCAAGAGGUACAGCCUAUUCCAGGAUCCUCAAGAGAUCAUCUGGCACAGUGGGUAUUGAGGGACCCAAGUCCUCACCCCACAAAAGGGCCAGAUCAGAGGCCCUCUUCCUUGUCCAGCCAGAGGCACUUGAACAUAAAGCGACACCCCUCCUUAGAUCUACCAGAACCAGAGGACAAGAGGCCCAGAGCUCCCAGCACCCCACAGGAGCUUCCCAGCCACGAUCCACAAGAAGAGGGAGAAGAGUGGGAACAAGACCACACUGCAGGUGCCAAACAGGAACACAGCUCCUUACCACAAGCAGGCCCAGAACCACUGCUUCCUGGAGAAACACCAGACUACUUCCUGCAAUAUGGAGUCAUCCAUAGUACUGAACAAUGUCGUGUCUAUGAGCAAGAUUUUGAAGCAGAUUAUGCAGAGUAUAGAGCCCUACAUGCACGUGUUGGGGCUGUCAGCCGAAGAUUCAUGCAGUUGGGAAUGGAGAUCAAAAGAGUACAACGAGGCACCCCAGAACACAAGGUGCUAGAAGACAAGAUAGUCCAAGAAUACAAAAAAUUCAGGAAGCGGUGUCCAGGUUACAAAGAAGAAAGACAGCGCUGUGAGUACCUGCAUCAGAAAUUGUCACACAUCAAAAGCCUCAUUCUGGAGUUUGAGAAAAAUGGAGACAGCUGA